AUGGGGGUCUUGUUUUAUGAGAGGUCUAUGGGAAACCACCACAAAAAUUUUUCCCCACCCCCAAAAAACCCACCCCCAAACCCAAACCCCCACCCCCCAACCCCUCCCCCAUCCAACCCACACCAAACCACCCCCAACCCCCCCCACUACCCCCCCACCAACCCCACCACCCCACCCCACCCCAACCCCCCAACCCACCCCACCCCAAACCACCCAAAACCCACCCCCCCACCACCAACCCCCCCUCACCCAGGCACCCCACAACCCAAAACCCCACCACCACACCCCACCCCCCAGCCCCACCAACCCCACCCAAACCCCCCAAAAAAACCCACAUCUCCCCACCACCUACAACCCCACCCAAAUUUCCCACCACCACACCCACCUCACACCCCCAAAACAAGCCCCACCCCUAUUCCCCACCCCCAACUAUCCCCCAACAUCCUACAUCUCCCACCACCGCCCAUCCCCCCACCAACCCCCAACCCCAAACCCACGACGAGGCCAACCAGGACAGGGGGCCCACCGGAGGGCCCCCCACCCGCGAGGCCCCCCACCCCGACGAGGGCCCCCCAGCCAAAGAGCCCCACCGCCGGGGCGCCCACCCCCGAGACGCCAACCCCGAGGGGGGGCCCCACCCCCGAGAGCGCCCCCGCCCGACGAGCGCCCCAAAACCCCGACAGGGGCCAACGCCCGGACGAGGCCCCCACCCCGACGGGGCCCCCACCCCGGACGGGGCCCCCACGCGACGAGGGGAAAAGCACGAGCCCCCCACCCCGACGAGGCCCCCAGCCCGACGACCCCCAAAACAGGGAGGGAGCGCCCCCCAGCGAGGGGCCCAAAGCCCGAGGGCCAAACAACCCCCACCACACGACCCCCACCCCAAAGAGGAAAAAAACCAAGGCCCACCCAAAACCCCCCCACACCCCACACCACAAAACCCCACCCCACACCCCCACCAAACCCCACCCCCACACCCCACCCCACACCCCCACCCCCACAGGGGCCACCCCCGAGACCCCCCCACCACCCCCCACCACCGGGGACCCCACACGACGAGGAAGCCAAAGGGGCCCCAAAGCCAAAGGGGGAAGGGGAAAGAGGAAACGGGAAAGGCGCCCCAACCAGCAACCCCCACCAGCCGACGAGGCCCACCAGCAAAAGCCCCCACCCGCCGACGAGCGCCCACCCCCCGAGAGGGGCCCCACCAGGAGGGGGCCCCCAACCCCCGGGAGGGGGCCCACCAGCGACAGAGCCCACCCCACGCGGGAAAAAAAAGGAGAGGGCCAAGGAGGAGGAAAAAGCCGGAGAGAGAAACAGCGACAAAGGGAAAACCCCGAAGCGAAAAAGGGAAAGGCCCCCACCCCGGAGAGCCCCCCCCCCGACGAGGGGCCCACCACCGGGGGGCCCCAAAACCCAAACCCCAAACAACUCACCCCCCAGAGAAAAUAA